CGUGACAUCACUAGCCGGCUUGUCCCUGUUCCAUUUGUGUGAGCAGCAGGUGAAGCAGCAGGAGCAUCCCGAUCCAGUGCUGACAGCGUUCAGCAGUAAUAGCCCAGCUCAGCAGCCUCUAUACAGCCCAGCUUGCACGAUUCCCUGUGCUUACGGAUGAUGGGGUUUUUCUGCUGGAGCGGAUGCCUAGUGAUCAGCCUGCAGUUGCUCCUGGGGACAGCUCUGGACAAUCUUCCCACUUGCAAAGAGGAAGAUUUCCACUUUGAGUACACAGAAUGUGACAGCACUGGAUCAAGGUGGAGGGUUGCUGUACCCAAUCCUGAAAAAGCCUGUGCUGGAUUGCCGGACCCAGUAAAAGGAAAAGAAUGCACCUUUUCUUGUGCUGCGGGAGAGUUUCUGGAAAUAAGUAGCCAGCUUUGCAGUAAGUGCGAACCUGGCACCUAUUCUUUAGGAACAGGAAUCAAGUUUGAUGAAUGGGACAAAAUGCCGCAAGGAUUUUCCAACGUGGCCACUUACAUGGAGAACACUGCAGAAUUUUCAGAUAAUAAACCAGAUAGCUGUGUCAACUCCUCCUGGAUUCCUCGAGGAAACUACAUUGAGUCCAACAGUGAUGACUGCACGGUUUCCCUAAUUUAUGCUGUGCAUUUGAAGAAAGCUGGUUCGGUCUCAUUUGAAUAUCAGUAUCUUGAUAACAACAUCUUCUUUGAAUUUUUUAUUCAAAAUGAUCAGUGUCAAGAAAUGAGUUCUUCAUCUGACAAAUGGGUUAAACUAUCAGAUAAUAGUGACUGGAUGCAUCAUAUGGUCUCUCUAAAGUCAGGUACAAACAUAUUAUAUUGGAGAACCACAGGAAUCCUUAUGGGUACAAAACUGGUGAAGCCAGUGUUGAUAAAGAACAUCACCAUUGAAGGGGUUGCAUAUACUUCUGAGUGUUUUCCUUGCAAGCCUGGAACAUACAGUGACAAAGCUGGAUCUUCUUCUUGUAAAAUUUGCCCCAGAAACACAUAUUCAGACAGACAAGCAAAAGAGUGCAUAAAAUGUUUUGAGGAUAAAGAAUAUUCGGAGGAAGGAGCAAGUAAAUGUGUAGCGCGCCCUCCAUGCACAAAAAAAGAUCUGUUCCAGAUUCAUACACCAUGUGACAGUGAACGCAAGACUCAAAUAAUAUAUAAAUGGAUAGAGCCAAAGAUUUGUCGAGAAGAGCUUCCUGGUUCAAUCAAGCUACCUGCUUCUGGGAAUAAAGAAGACUGUCCUCCUUGCAAUCCAGGAUAUUUUAGCAAUGGGACAUCUGCUUGUUCUCCAUGCCCUUUUGGAACCUAUUCUAAUGGAUUAAAUGAGUGUAAGACUUGCCCUGCAGGAACAGAGCCUGUUGUGGAAUUUGAAUAUAAGUGGUGGAACAUCCUUCCAGGCAACAUGAAGACAUCUUGCUUUAAUGUUGGAAAUUCCAAAUGUGAUGGAAUGAAUGGUUGGGAAGUAGCGGGAGAUCACAUCCAAAGUGGUGUUGGGGGAACAGACAACGAUUAUCUAAUCCUAAAUUUGCAUAUUUCAGGGUUUAAGCAACCCACAUCAGUGACUGGAGCCACCGGAGCUGAACUGGGAAGAGUUACCUUUGUGUUUGAAAAUAUUUGUGUGUCUGACUGUGUGCUGUACUUUAUGGUGGAUAUUAACAGAAAGUCAACAAGUUUAGUGGAAUCAUUUUCAGGACGCAAAGAAUAUCAAUCAUAUACUCAUAUAAUAAACAAAAACGCCACCUACAUGUUCACUUGGGCUUUCCAGAGGACAAAUACUGCCCAAGAUAGCCGACGAUUUGUAAAUGACAUUGCAAAGAUCUAUUCAAUCACAGUUAGUAAUGCUGUUGACGGAGUUUCAUCAUCAUGUCGUGCCUGUGCUCUGGGCCCACAGCAAUUGGGAUCGGCAUGUGUGCCUUGUCCUGCUGGUCACUAUAUUGACAAAGAGAGCAACAUGUGUAAAGAGUGUCCUCCCAACACCUAUUUAACUCCACACCAGGUCUAUGGCAAAGAAGCCUGUGUCCCCUGUGGCCCAGGGAGUAAAAGCAAUAAGGAUCAUUCUGCCUGCUACAGUGAAUGCCUAGUAACCUAUAUUAAGGAAAACCAAACUUUGAGUUACAACUUUAACAGUCUUGGCAAAGUAGCUACCCUCAUAAAUGGACCAAGUUUUACUUCCAAGGGGACAAAAUACUACCAUCUUUUUAACAUGAGUUUGUGUGGGCAUGGGGGGGAGAAGAUGGCCGUCUGCACAGACAAUAUUACAGAUGUAACGGGAAAAGACAUUGAAGCAGAUGCAGAAGACUACUCUAAUGUUGUAAAGACCUUUAUCUGUCAGUCUACCAUUAUCCCAUCAGACAGCAAAGGUUUCAGGACAGCACUAUCAUCACAGUCAGUCAAUCUGGCAGAUUUAUUUCUAGGUGUUACAACUAAUGCAUUUCUUGGUGGCAUCACCAUUAGUCCAGACGUAUUCCCAUCCCAUUUGAAGAUACCUGAUGUGAAUUUCUUUUAUAAAUCCUUAACAACUACAUCAUCAUGUGAACAAGGACGAGCAACAGUUAUAUCUAUGAGGUGCAACCCUGCAAAGCUGGGCCAGGGUGACAUUUCUGCACCAAGAAAUUGUCCAGCGGCUACAUGUGAUGGGUGCAAUUUUUACUUCCUUUGGGAAACUGCAGAGGCAUGCCCACUGUGCACAGAGAGGGACUAUCAGAAAAUAGAGGGAGCUUGCAAACAUGGGCAACAGGAAACCCACUAUGUGUGGAAUGAAAUGAAGCUUUGCACAAAAGGUGUCACUUUGCCAGAGAAGAAAGUUUCUGCCUGUGAAUCAAUUGAUUUCUGGCUUAAAGUAGGAGCAGGUGUAGGAGCCUUCACAGCUGUCUUGCUCGUAGCAUUGACUUGUUACUUCUGGAAGAAAAACCAAAAGUUGGAAUAUAAAUAUUCAAAACUGAUAAUAACUGCAAACUCCAAGGAGUGUGAGCUUCCUGCCCCAGACAGCUGUGCUAUCAUGGAAGGGGAAGAUAACGAGGACGAUGUGAUAUAUUCUAAUAAACAGUCAUUACUUGAAAAGCUAAAGUCACUUGCAACCAAGGAAAAAGAACACAAUUUUGAAUCUGUCCAGUUAAAAUCCUCCCGAACACAACAUAUAUGAUCCUGAUGUUGCCUUCUUGGACAGUGGAAGAUUUUUUUAAGAAAAGGAAAAAAAAGCUAUAAAAAAUAUUUGUGAUACCUGGGCAGAUUAUUGAGGCAUCAGAAGUUAAAAAUAAUACAACAUUAAAAGCUUGGUUGCCUUAUUACAUGAUUGAGUGUCUUGCCAAAAAUGUAAUGAUAAUUUAAAUUUCUAGUUCAACUCAGGAAGAGAGACCAAUGCAGAAUAUUCAUAUUCAUUCAUUAAGAGUGCAUUGCCUGUGCAUGCCCUGAUAUACCUGUAAUCUUCUGUUCCUUCAAGUACAGAAGUAGAGUGUCUGUAUGGUAGACAUCAUCCAUACAUCCAUCACAGGAAAAUUACUGGCUGGAUUGUGUAUUCACAAAGAAAAAGAUUUUAGCUUCAGAUGGUGCAUUCUUUAAUUCAAAGCCUGUAAAGAAAAACAUGAACUGCAAUGCCCAAAGAUUUUGUAUUUUAUUCCAUGGGGAAGCAGCUUGAGCAUCUUUUCAUCCUAAAUUGCUCAGGUACAGUAGCUGGACCAUUAAGCCUGAAAAAUCAUUAUUUAAAAAUUACACUUUUUUAUGUAUGCCAUAAAAAUCUCUAGAAUUUCCAAAUAUACAAUUGGCGAGGGAACUUUUUGAGUAAUUCAUGAAAAUGUGCAAGAAAUUAGACUAUUAUUUAACGAUCAUUAUAUGCCCAUUCCAUGCAUUAUGUAUGGUCGUGUAACCUCUAUAAAAAGUUGUUGCUUUCCUGCUCCAUGGGAAUGAAUUGUGCUAUCUGUGAGUGCCUUAGUUUGUCCAGCCUGAGGCUGCUGUCAUUUAAUUGUUUCAUGUGACUGUGCUGUGCAUCUGAGAAGUUCUCAUAUAAGAACAUUUAUUAAAUAAAAAAGACACAUUUCAUGGA